CGGCCCCCCGCGCCGCUGAAGAACGCCGGAGGCGGAAGGUUAUUGGGGAAAUCGAAUGCACUUGGUGGUUUUCUCUCUCUUACACCCAAACACCCUCACUCACCGAAGGCGCACGUUGCAUCGAAGAAGUAAGUGGAGUUGGUAAUGCCAACAGAAUGCCUAUAAUUUAGGGGUUUGUACUUUUAAAAUGUUUGCUUUGGGGUGGUGUUUUCUUCAAAUUGAUAUUACUUGGGGAGUCAGCGCAGUGCACAUCCACAGGCACCCCUGCAGCCUUGUAAAUAAGCACCCCAAAAGUUACUAGCAUGCAAAGAGGAAGAAGCUUUUUACUAGUAACGGAGGAGUGAAUAACACAGCAGCGUGCUGUUUUUCCGUAAAGAGUGCAGAGGAAGGAAAUGGAGCUCUAACCUUCCACCACCCACCUGCUCACUUUUCUGCAUAAAAUUUCCUGCACUGAGCUGCAUGCAUUUCCUUGUUACUUACGGCUUCCAGGCUAGUGGUUCAAUACAAGUCUACUGUGUUAGGGCUACUCUUAACAAAGUAGUUAGUGGUUUUCAAUUUUUGUCAUGAGGCUUACAAAAUAAGCAGGGUGCAUCCUUUUGAGGACAGGCAGGCUGUUCUGCUUUCUUACAGACAUUUAUAGAUUAAUGAAACGAUCCUUAAUUGUGCUCAUUUUGCUUUUUAAAAAACAUAAGCAUGGAUGUGGUUUUGAGAGAGCGAAAAGACUCUCAGGCAGUGCAAUUUUAUGCUGCCAGUUUACUAGCUGCUGCAACAACUAAAGUGGCACAUUAUAUCACUGCAAGUGGGGCAGAACUGUGCAUUUGCAGAGACUGCUUGACCACCUACUACUGAACUCUCUUGUGGUGCCUGUGUUAAUAAUCACACUGACAUGUGAUUUUUACUGGAUUUUUACUUAUUUAUUUUGGUCAAUAGCCAUUCUUGUUGCUCCUCAACAAACUGCUGCUGGACCACUGAAUAUAUUUUCAACUGCAACUUUUUACACUUACCUAGGAGGGAGUCUUAGUUAUCUCAGUGGGACUUACUUCCCCACAAAUUAUGCCCAAAGUAUCUUACAGCAUUUCACAUUUCAAAAUAAAGCUUAGAAACAUUUAGAAAUAAUGUUAAUUUAGCAAAUAAAUACAAAAAAUAAAUCCAUACAAUGCUGCUGCUUCUUUGGCAAUCACUCGUCACCGAGUAAACUAUACAAAUAUGGUAAGCUAGUUUAACAGCUUCAACUUAAACAGAAGAGAGAAUAAUCCCUAAUUCAGAAUAAUUCAGAAUAAUCCCUAAUAAGAAAGUAGAUCACAUGUUGCAGACAAUGCACUUGUAUCCAAUAGUGUGGAUCUGAGACUUCAUCUUUAAACAUCCAGAAUCUCCACCCCAUCUCUCACCUGGCUUUCACCCAGGGGGGCCUUAUACUCACCAUUAUUGUGGGCUCUUGCCCACAGUAAAGCAACCAAUAACUUUCCUUCCACACUCCCCCAUCAAUAAAGGUAUGUUCUUCUAGUCUGGAAAUCAUAAACAAAGUUUCAGUGUUGUGAUGACCCCCAAAGUAGCGGACCUUUUAGUCUUCCUCAAGUUAAAAGAUAAGGGUAACAAUGGAGAAACAUGAUUUAAAGGACAGGUUUUACAAAGAAAAAUAAGCAGUUUCAACAUUACCAGUUGAAACUCCCAUUAAGCAUUUUAGAACAUUGCCAAUUCUGUGUCUGUGGUUCAUGCUGUUCAUCAUCUUAUGCAGACCCAGUGUGUUAGUAAUUUAAUCCUUAAAUAUUUCCUACUACUAUAAUUGGUUAACACAAUCUAGCAUUUUUCUGCUUAUCUGCAGCUGCCAAUUCCUAAUCAACAAGUAGAAAUGGUGGCGUGGGUUUGAGAGUGGGAACAGGGCCUGCGUGGGAGCUGCUGCUGCUGCUGCUAGUCGCUAGCCUUCCAGGCCCUCGGUUCUUAGGGCUCUCGCGGAAACCCCGGCAAGAUGUUCAAAAAAUUUGAUGAAAAGGAGAAUGUGUCCAACUGCAUCCAACUAAAAACGUCAGUUAUUAAAGGCAUUAAGAACCAGCUGAUAGACCAGUUUCCUGGGAUCGAACCAUGGCUAAAUCAAAUUAUGCCAAAGAAAGACCCUGUGAAGAUAGUACGUUGUCAUGAACAUAUAGAAAUCCUCACAGUAAAUGGAGAAUUGUUGUUCUUCAGGCAAAGGGAAGGACCAUUUUAUCCCACGCUCAGAUUACUUCAUAAAUACCCAUUCAUUCUACCACAUCAACAAGUUGAUAAAGGAGCCAUUAAAUUUGUACUUAGUGGAGCAAAUAUCAUGUGCCCUGGUCUGACGUCUCCAGGAGCUAAACUUUAUCCUGCUGCUGCUGAUACAAUCAUGGCAAUAAUGGCCGAAGGAAAGCAACAUGCCCUGUGUGUUGGAGUCAUGAAGAUGUCGGCAGAGGAUAUUGAGAAGGUCAACAAAGGAAUUGGCAUUGAGAAUAUCCACUAUUUAAAUGAUGGUCUCUGGCAUAUGAAGACAUAUAAGUGAAGAAGCAGGAAGAAACAGCUGGGCCUGUUUUUAAUUCUUCUUUUAAAAUGUGUGGCUAAAUGUAAACUUUGUGGUGAUGCUAAAUAAAUCAAAUGAAUGCUGGUGGGGAAAACAAGUAGAAAUGGCAUGUAAAUAAAAGUUUGCUUCAUCAAACAA